GAAAUAAAGAGGCAGAAAAAAGAAAAAAAAAAAAACAAAUAAGAAAAAGAGAGUCACUGUGAGAGAAGAAGACCUUUUGGCUAAUGUGAAGUUUUUAGUUGGUGUGUGUGUGUGUGUGUGUGUGAUAAUUCCAGCUAUGAAGUCUCAUGCCGAAAAGGAUAACCUUUUUUUCUCCAUUAUUAUUCUUGUUAUUACUUAUUAGUAGUAUUAUUUUCCUCUUAUUCCACUUUUCUCUUUUCUCUUUCCCCACACUUUUCAUGCAUUUCCCUUCUGUCAUAAUACAAAAGCACCCUGUCUUCUUGACUCUCUCCUUUGCCACUCUGUACUCUGUUCCAUUUUCCAGUCUCGAGGGACUGGUCUUUCAACUGUCAUCCCAGAAAUUUGUGUCCCUCUUGAUUUUACUCAAAUAAGCCCAGAAGGAUUUCGCUGUAAUUUGCUUUCAGAGUUCUUUGAUGAUGAUGAUGCAUUGAGUAAGUGCAAACAAAUGUGCUUAAUUCUGGUUGUAUCGUAACUCUGGUUCAGAAAGAUUGAAUUUUUCUGUCCUUGACGUGAAAUGGGAUUUUCUUUUAUGUUCUUUGGUGGUUUUUUUUUUUCCUUUUCUCUUUCAGGGCCGCAUGUGAAACUGUUUAAAAGGUUCUGUUUGUUCUUGGAAUGUUGAUCAUUUGGAACUGAGUAUCAUGGAUUUCCAAAUUCUCGAUUGUGUGCUUGUCGAUUGUCGAUUACGCAUGGAAUCUUAAUUUCUGAUGUUUUUGCUGAAAUUUCUCUUGCAUUAGGCCAGUGAAUCUUGCAGCUCUGAAAUUAUUUUCUUACAAAGUUAGUAUUGGUCUGAUCAAAGUCAGUUUUACCGAGUUCUGUAUGAUUCUAGCUUUUGAAAUGAUUUCCAGUUGCCACCGGGGUUUAAAAGAAACCAAAUUGGAUCACAAAAUUGGCUUGAAAUUGUCAGAUUUUCAUCAAUGAUUUUAGUAGGUCUCCUGAGUGCUGACUAACUAUUUCCCUGAUCAUCUAGAAUUUUCCUGUUUCUGAAUAUAAAACUUGGGGUCCAGUGUUUCUGAAAAAGCUGGCCUGCGAAAAUGUGAACUUUUCUUGCCAAGAGAAAGUGAAGAAAUGGAGAUGAAAUGGGGACACUUGGCACAAUUUUAGUCCUAUCUGUUAGUUGGGGAUAUAACUAAGAAUAUUUUGGUGUGGGAAGUCCAGAAGCCUUAUGUUUAGUCUGAUGAGAGGAAAAUGUCUUCCUAGGGAAAUCGCAGUUUCUGGGCUGCACAACAGUCUGAAUGGCGAGCUUAUUACACAUUCUUGAUUAUGAUCUAUGCAAAAUGGCGAAGAAAGUUAUCACACAAAAGCAUGAGGAUGAUGGGCUUGAGGCUCCUCGAAACAGCUUGGAGUUACCAGCAGAAACUUGCUAUGGUACACAUGGUGGGAGAGACAACAUAAUGUAUGCCUUCAGCAGUCUAUACGACUGGACCGAGCAGGCACCUUAUUCAACUGAGGCUCCAAUCAGGAAGCUGAUCAGUGAGGAUUUAUCUGAAAGACAGAACACCAAGCACAAUGCACCAAGUGUAAUUGCCCGUCUGAUGGGAGUGGAUAUGUUGCCAUCAGAGCGAAAAACAGUUGCUCUGAAGGUUGACAGCAAGAAUGAAAUGCAUCUGCAAAAUCUCUCAAAUGAUAAGUCUAAGGACGGUAUCACUGGUCAUAAUCACUGUUACUCAAAAUUCUCCAAAUUGAAGAGGUCCAAUUCUUUCGAUUCUAUUGAAACACGUCAUGUUGAUAGGUGGAAUGAUGACACUAAGUGGGAUAAGCCCAGACCUCGUGAACAUCCUCAAGAGGAGGAACUACAGAAGUUUAAGAAAGAAUUUGAGGCAUGGCAAGUAGCAAGGAUAAAGGAAUGUUCAAAGUUCAUUGAAGUUGGUAGGAAACCUAGUCAAUGGUUAGCACAGGAGAAUCUGAAUAAGGAAAAGAUAAACUUCUAUGCCAAUUCAAUUGAAGCAAGGGUGGAUACAAAGUCUGUGGAACCUGUUGGAGAUGGUCUGACAUCACAUGAAAAUGGCAGUUUCCAACAUAUGGAAAAGAAAUCUUUUUCAUCUGAGAAAAGAGACUUCUAUAGUAGGAUAAGAACUACAAGUGUGGAUUUUAAGCUUCCACGGGAAUCUGAUUCUGGUAACGAAUCAGACCGUGCCUCAGAACCUUCGAAAAUUGUGAUCCUGAGGCCUGGUCUAGAUACAUUUGUAAAUGGUGAAGAAGAAUCUUGGGGAAGUUCCCCAUGCAUCUCUGAAGAACGAGGUAGUAUAGAAGAUUUCCUUGAGGAGGUGAAGGAAAGGCUGAAGGGUGAACUGCAUGGCAAAACCUAUAAAUGGAGCAGUAAUGUCAGAGGAGGAGGAAUUGAGACCCCCUAUAGUGAAAAGCCAUCCGAUCCCAAACAAAUAGCUCAACGCAUUGCAAAACAAGUGAGAGAUAGUGUUACGAGGGACCUUGUGAUGGAUUUAUAUCGAUCAGAAUCUACAAGAUCAUACAGAAGUGGAAUGCAGCUCAAUGAUUCAGAUUCUCCUGAGUUCAUUAGUAGAGAUACUAGGAAGAUCUUGGCAGAGAGGCUCCGGAAUGUUCUCAAGGAAGAAAGUCAUCGGCAUGUUCCUGAUGUUACUACUCGUCGAAGUACCAGAUUAUCAAAGUUGAAUCCUGAAAGACAUCGAGAAGAACAAUUAAGGCAUGGUUCAAAUGCAGGAAAUAAGUUGUGCAAAAGAAAUGCCGGUGAAUUAGAUAUGCAAAGCCGGUCAUUUAGGGGUGAGCCUACGGCCAAAGCUGAGAUUCAUGAGGAUUUAUCACCCAGGAACCUCAUUCGAUCAUUGUCUGCUCCAGUAUCGGGAACAUCAUUUGGAAAGCUUCUACUAGAGGAUCGUCACAUUUUGACAGGUGCUCACAUCAGAAGGAAGCAUGAAUCUAUCGAAAAAAUAACAAUAAAUGUGAAAAAGCGGAAAAAGGAAAAGUUCAGCCUUAGAGAAAAGGUUACAAGCCUCAAAUACAGUUUCACAUUCAAAGGUAGGCUGUUUGGUAGAAAGAUCCACAUCUCAGAUCAACAGCACAGUAAUAGAGAAGAUCAUGACAGAAAUUUCUCCGGCAGACCAACCUUGAUGAUGAGCGAUUAUGAUCGUCCAGAGAAUUUUACGGAGGUGCCUCCAAGCCCUGCAUCAGUAUGCAGCAGUAUUCAUGAAGAAAUCUGGAGACCAGCAGAGUAUUCCAGUGCAGCAUCAAUGUCAGAUGUAACAUCUUAUGAGGAUAGCAUGAUGCCAAAUGUGUUUAAAGAGAUCAGCUCAAAUUUAAAAGAGCUACGCAGGCAACUAAAUCAACUUGAAAUUGAUGGCUCGGAGGUUGUUACAAAUGAUGAUCAACCAAUGGAAACUGAUAUGGUCGAUAUUGAGGACCCAGAUGAGGCAUAUAUCAGAGAUUUGCUUCUUAUUUCUGGUUUCUAUGAUGGUUCGUGUGAUAAGUCUUUGGCCAAGUGGGAGCCAGCCGGGAAACCUGUCAGUGAUCAAGUAUUUGAGGAAGCCGAGGAAUCUCACAAGCAAAAGUACAUCAAGGAUGAUGAUGAAGGGUUGUCAAAGGACCAAAAUGAGAAGUCACAUCAUAAGAUUCUGUUUGAUUUAUUGAAUGAAGCACUUCCAGAUGUACUAGGAUCACCAAAAGCAAUGUCCAAAUUUAUGAGAAAGGCCCUUGAUCCUGUCGGGAGACCUCUGCGUGGAAGGAAGUUAUUGGACAAAGUGUGGAACAUCAUCGGUGUGUACUUACAACCCACAAUGGACGAGUCAGAUUACUCUCUGGACAUGAUGAUUGCCCGAGAUCUGCAGUCCUCCCCAUGGUCUAAAUGUGUAGAUGACGAUAUUAAUGCUUUGGGAAAGGAUGUAGAAUGCCAGAUUUUUGGAGAUUUGAUUGAUGAGAUGGUUAUGGAUUACAAUCUUGACAAAUGCAUGCAUUGAUCCGCGCUCUGGGAUCGAGUAAUGUACAUCUGUCUUAUCAAUCACUAUUAGGAUUCACUCGCAAUGCAGCGCUAUUACUGAAAUCAAGAUUUGACCAACAUGGCCAUUUUGAAGGCGUUCCUGAGUUGGCAGAUUACUUGAUUGGUGUGGUAGAAGCUUUCAUGUCCUUAAUUUUGCUGGUUUUGUGUAUAAAGGAGUUAGAUCUCUUUUCUGGUGGUGGGUUAAAUGGUGUAAAUUGGUGGAUGUAUAGGUUUAGGGAUUUACAUAUUUAAUUUUUAUCAUGAUUGAUUCAUGAGUUAACCACAUUCGUCUUGUUUUGAGGCCCCGAUUUAUUCCAGAAACUUAGC